GGUCGACAUGUCAAGACAGGACAACUGGCGGCCAUCAAAGUCAUGGAUGUCACCGAGGAUGAAGAGGAGGAAAUUAAGCUGGAAAUUAACAUGCUGAAGAAGUACUCCCACCACAGAAACAUAGCAACCUACUAUGGAGCCUUCAUCAAGAAAAGUCCUCCAGGCCACGACGACCAGCUAUGGCUGGUGAUGGAGUUCUGCGGUGCCGGUUCCAUCACAGAUCUGGUGAAGAACACCAAAGGCAACACACUGAAGGAGGACUGGAUCGCCUAUAUCUCCCGAGAGAUCCUCAGGGGAUUAGCUCACCUACACGCUCAUCAUGUCAUCCACCGUGACAUCAAGGGACAAAACGUUCUGCUGACUGAAAACGCUGAAGUCAAACUGGUGGACUUCGGUGUGAGUGCUCAGCUGGACCGGACAGUAGGGCGAAGAAACACCUUCAUUGGGACGCCAUAUUGGAUGGCUCCAGAGGUCAUUGCUUGUGAUGAAAAUCCAGACGCUACCUACGACUACAGGAGUGACCUGUGGUCCUGUGGAAUAACGGCCAUAGAGAUGGCUGAGGGAGCUCCCCCUCUGUGCGACAUGCAUCCAAUGAGAGCCCUCUUCCUCAUCCCCAGAAACCCUCCCCCUCGACUCAAGUCCAAAAAAUGGUCAAAGAAGUUCUUCAGCUUCAUUGAGGGCUGCCUGGUGAAGAAUUACACCCAGCGUCCCCCCACUGAGCAGCUGCUGAAACACCCCUUCAUCCGGGACCAGCCUAAUGAGAGGCAGGUCCGCAUCCAGCUCAAAGACCACAUCGACCGAACCAAGAAGAAGAGGGGCGAGAAGGAUGAGACGGAGUAUGAAUACAGUGGCAGCGAAGAAGAGGAGGAAGAGGCAUCGGAGCAAGAAGGAGAGCCAAGCUCCAUAGUUAACGUGCCGGGUGAGUCGACUUUGCGCCGAGACUUCAUCCGACUGCAGCAGGAGAACAAGGAGCGCUCGGAGGCACUGCGUCGUCAGCAGCUCCUCCAGGAGCAGCAGCUCCGCGAGCAGGAGGAGUACAAGCGCCAACUACUGGCUGAGAGGCAGAAACGUAUCGAGCAGCAGAAGGAGCAGAGGAGACGGCUGGAGGAGCAACAACGGCGUGAGCGUGAGAUGAGGAGGCAGCAGGAGCGCGAGCAGCGCCGACGCGAGCAGGAGGAGAAGAGGCGCGUUGAGGAGAUGGAGCGUCGCCGCAAAGAGGAGGAAGAGCGCAGGAGGGCCGAGGAGGAAAAGAGGAGGGCUGACCGAGAACAGGAGUACAUCCGUCGUCAGUUGGAGGAGGAGCAGAGGCACCUGGAGAUCCUGCAGCAGCAGCUGCUCCAUGAACAGGCCAUGCUGCUGGAGUAUAAAUGGCGGGAGCUUGAGGAGCAGCGCCAAGCCCAGAAGCUCCAGAGGCAGCUGCAGCAGGAGCAGGCCUACCUGCUGUCCCUUCAGCAAAACCAGAACCUGGACAGUAGUAAAACAGCCCAGCAACAGAGCACCAAACCCCAACAGAACCUCGAACAGGACAGGAUAAAGUCCCUGCAGAACCCUGAACCAGAUACGACAAAACCACAACAGAGCGCUGACUUUGAAAAGACAAGAUCCAGUCAAAAUCACAGUCUGGAGAAAACUACAGAACCCAAGCUACCUGUCGCUGACCUCCAAGGCCCCACCCCCGACUCUGAGCCUAUCAGAGAGGCUGAUGAGCGGUACCGGAAGAACAUCCAGGGUUCUCCUCAGUCAGCUCAGACCAAAUCACAGCAGCCUCCGGUGCCACCACGCUCCGAGUCUUCCUACCCCAAUGGGAGCUCGGCAUCCGAGGCGCCCGCCAUGCACCGGCCUGUGGAACCACAGGUCCGUUCCCAUCUGGCUGCUUUAAAGAGCAGUGGCAGCGUGGCCUCAUCAAAUUCCUCUGCUGCCACCCCGCCGCUUGUGUCUCGGUCGCACUCCUUCACCGAGCCGCUCGCCCCUAGCUUUGAAAAUCUUCACCUUCGCAACAGCCAGGAACCCCACCAACACCUUCACCCUCCAUCUUCAUCUUCAUCACCAUCCUCCUCAUCAUCAACGCCUGCACGCACUGAACCAAAACCCCACCCCCAGGUUAGGCCCUCACCCCAUGAAGCGGCUCGUUCAGAGGAAGUACCGCCCAGGGUUCCUGUCAGGACUACAUCAAGGUCCCCGGUGUUGUCAAGGCGAGACUCGCCUCAUCACCAUGGCAACGCCCCACACAGCAGCCAUGCUGUGCCACGCAACGCUGGCAGUGCAGCGGAGCCUCGGCUGCUGUGGGAGCGAGUGGAGAAACUGGUUCCCAAACCAACCAGUAACAGUGGCAGCGGAGGCUCCAGUUCCUCCAGCAGCUCCAGUAACUCCAGCUCUCAGCCCGGUUCUCACUGCGGCUCUGGAGAGAGGUUCAGGGCCCGCUCCUCCUCCAAAUCGGAGGGUUCACCCCUCCAACGGCCAGAGAAUGCUGGGAAAAAACCAGAGGAGAGGAGGGACUUGGUCAGGCCAAACAGACCAGCGGACCUGACGGCUCUGGCCAAAGAGCUGCGUGCAGUGGAUGAUGUUCGCCCCCAAAAUAAGGUGACAGAUUAUUCAUCCUCCAGUGAAGACUCAGACACCACUGAUGAAGAUGACGAUGAGGAGGUAGACCAGGAGGCCGGCGAAGAGUCGACCUCUGGGCCGGAGGACUCCAGAGCUGUUUCCUCCAGGCUGAGUAAUGGAGAGACAGAGUCAGUGAAAACCAUGAUCGUUCACGAUGAAGGCGAGAGCGAUGCAGGCUCGACGCCCUGCAAAGACAGCACACUGAUCGUCAGACAGAGUGCAGGUGACAACAGAAAGCGUCCGAGCCCCGGCCCGGGCCAAGCCCAGACCCCAGGCCUGCUUGCAGGCUUCGCCCCAAGUCCCGGCUCGGGCCCGGGCCUCGGCCACCUCACCCCCAGCCCCCACCAUCAUCAUCACCACCACCA